AUGGUCCUAGACCUACCAGGGUUCUACUGUGACGAGGCCAGCAACCCGCCUGCCAGGCACCUAGACCUACCAGGGUUCUAUUAUGACGAGGCCAGCAACCGCUACUUCCGCGGCCCGCCUGCCAGGCUCCGAGAUUUCCAACCCCCCCAUACUCAGGAGCAGCUGGUGUACAUGCAGCAGAGGGGAGAGGAGGAGGAGGCAGAGGAGGAGAAAGAGGAGAGGGAAGAGGAGGACGAGGAGGGUGUGGUGGAGGUGUGGGGAGAGGAGGAAGUGGGGAUGGGGGCAGAGGAGGAGGCGGAGGAAGCGGUUGGGAACGCUCGCACUGCUGGCAUGAGAAACCUCAAGAUGUGGCAGUAUGAGCUAACGGAAAGGGUGUGUGAUGCGGGCAUGGCAAUGAUGCAUGUGGUGGCGCAAGGGGAGGAGGGGGCGCACUCUUCUGGAGCUCACGGAUCAGGAAGGCAUUCCUGCCGCCACUCGCCCCACCACCUACGAGCACCGCACACACGCCCUGGCUCCUUCCCACGGGCAACACCUCUCUCCCUCUCACUCAUCCGUACCUCCUCUCCGCUUGUUUUCCCCCAACUGAACAGUCUUUUGGAGCUCACGGAUCAGAAAGGCAUUCCUGCUGCCACUCGCCCCACCACCUACGAGCACCACACACCUUUGCUGCUUUCCACGGGCAGCUCGAUUUCUAGAUCCGGGCAGCAGAUCGCAACUUAUGAUCUGCCCAGGCCCACUCCUCCUCCUGCCUUCACAAGCUCGCACUCCCUGUUUCUGGGCUCGGAUGUUACCAGCAUUCGCAUGCUCCCUUGGGGCAGCAGAGCGGCUGGUGAUGCUGCUGCUGCUGGCAGCCGUGCAGUCAUUACGACUCUAGGCACGGGGGGUCACCCCGCCCGUGUGUUGCUCGCUGCUCUGGACCUCGCAGGCUCUUCUGGUGCAGCCACAGCUGGUGGCGACGCAGCUGGUGCUAAUGCGGCUGGUAGGAGAAGGAGCAGCAGGCAGCAUCUACAUUGGCGGAGGGAGAGGCAGUUUGUGUUGCCUGGCAGCGUGUGGGCGUGUGAAUGCUCGCCGAAGCAAGGGGAGAUCGGAGUGGGCACGUCGUUGGGGUUGCAGCUUCUGCAUGUGGAGACGGGGCAGCGGACGGCCCUGUGCCACAGCAACAGCGACGUGCUGGCAUUGCAGGUCACAGGGGAGGGCAGCAUCUACCUGGCUGGCUUCCGCAACGGCGCCAUCGCCACUAUCGAUACGCGAGCACCCCUCCCCACCUCAUCCAAGCACCUCCCUCCGCCGCCGCUCUCACCAUCCUCCUCCUCCACGGACCCCAUGCAGCCAGCGCAUCGGAGUGGGGGGCAGGGCGGAGGCAGGAGGGGCAGGAAGGGUGGAAGGGAGUGGGGCAAGAAGAGUGCAGCACGGGAGGUGAACGAGUAUUACUGCAGCCACGAGCGAGUCAUGCGCAUGCCCUCUGCUGUAUCUGGCAUGCAGGCAAUGAAGCAAGGUGCUUUCUACCUCUUCGCAUCCUCCUUUGAUGGAUCCGUAGUGGCUGAGUACGAAGAAGGGAACAGGCAGCAGGAGUGGGGACAGCACAAGGUGGGGAAAGGCCAGAAUAAGAAGGAAGGGAAGAAGGUGCCCAUUGACCGAAUCCGCAACUUCAGCAUCAUCGCGCACAUCGACCACGGAAAGUCGACGCUGGCCGACAAGCUGCUCGAGACCUCAAUUCCUUUCAUCCCCGCCCCCCCUUCCCCCUCUACCCGCAAAAUUUCCCACCCCCUUUCCCCUUUCUCCGCUUCCCUCCAGGUGCCCAUCGAGCGGAUCCGCAACUUCAGCAUCAUCGCGCAUAUCGACCACGGCAAGUCGACCCUGGCCGACAAGCUGCUCGAGACGACGGGCACGGUGCAGGCAAGGGAGAUGAAGGAGCAAUUUCUCGAUAACAUGGAUCUGGAACGAGAGCGAGGGAUCACCAUAAAGCUGCAGGCAGCGCGCAUGCGGCAUGUGUCAAGGGUGGACGGCAAGGCGUACUGUCUGAACCUCAUUGACACGCCCGGCCACGUGGACUUCAGCUACGAGGUGUCGCGCUCGCUGGCUGCCUGUGAGGGCGCGCUGCUCGUGGUGGACGCGUCUCAGGGCGUGGAGGCACAGACGCUGGCCAAUGUGUAUUUGGCUAUAGAGGGGAACCUGGAAAUUAUUCCGGUGCUGAACAAAAUCGACCUGCCAGGGGCGGAUCCGGAGCGAGUGAGAGCAGAGGUGGAGGAGGUGCUGGGGCUCGAUGGAGCAGACGCCCCAUCCUGUGUUCCGCCAAGGAGGGCAUCUCUAGUCUUCAACCGUCUGUCACGUUCCUCUUCCUACCAUUGCUCCCCUCCCCCUCUUGAUCAGGUGCUCAACAAGAUUGAUCUCCCAGGGGCGGACCCGGAGCGGGUGAGAGCGGAGGUGGAGGAGGUGGUGGGGCUGGACGCGGCAGACGCCAUCCUGUGUUCCGCCAAGGAGGGCGUGGGCAUUCAGGACAUCCUCGAAUCCAUCAUCGCCAAAGUGCCGCCCCCUGCUCCUACUAGAGACCAGCCGCUGCGCUGCCUAAUCUUUGACAGCUACUAUGACCCAUACAGGGGUGUGAUUGUAUAUUUCAGGGUGGUGGACGGGGAGGUGCGCAAGGGGGACAGCGUGCGGUUCAUGGCGAGUGGCAAGCAGUACGAGGUGGACGAGCUGGGUGUGCUGUCGCCCACUCAGAUGCCCGUCGACUGCUUGUAUGCUGGCGAGGUGGGCUACCUGGCAGCGUCCAUCCGUCAAGUAGCAGACGCGAGGGUGGGAGACACCAUCACCCACGCGGGAGGAGCGAGCAAGGGUGGCCCACCAGCCAAGGAGGGGUUGCCCGGGUACAGGGAGGCGGUGCCGAUGGUGUUCUGCGGGCUCUUUCCCAUCGACGCCGACCAGUUCCCCUCGCUAAGAGAGGCACUGGAGAGGCUUCAACUCAAUGACGCUGCGCUGCAGUUCGAGCCGGAGAGCAGCAGCGCCAUGGGCUUUGGCUUCCGCUGUGGCUUCCUGGGCCUGCUGCACAUGGACGUGGUGCAGGAGCGGUUGGAGCGAGAGUACAGCCUCGACCUAAUCACAACUGCUCCCAGCGUGGUGUACCGCGUGGUGAAGCGGGAUGGGUCGGUGGUGGAGUGCUCCAACCCCGCUGACAUGCCCGAUGCUUCCAUUCGCUCUGAGAUCCAGGAGCCUUAUGUGCGGCUGGACAUCCUGACCCCCAAGGAGUACAUCGGCACGCUCAUGGACCUGGCACAAGAAAGGAGAGGCGAGUUUGUGGAGAUGAAGUAUGUGACUGAGUCGCGCACCACCCUGUCGUAUGACACGCCACUUGGAGAGGUGGUGGGGGAUUUCUUUGACCAGCUCAAGUCGCGCACCAAGGGAUACGCCAGCAUGGAGUACAAAGUCAUCGGCUACCGCAAGAGCAACCUUGUGAAGAUGGACAUUCAGCUCAAUGGGGAGGCUGUGGAGCCGCUGUCGGCCAUUGUGCACCAGGAAAAGGCCUACGGAGUGGGCAGAGCACUCACACAGAAGCUCAAGGAGCUCAUUCCCCGACAGAUGUUCAAAAUCCCCAUCCAGGCGUGUGUUGGAACCAAGGUCAUUGCGAGUGAAACAAUAGCAGCCAUUCGGAAAGACGUUCUAGCAAAGUGCUAUGGUGGUGACAUUUCCCGAAAGAAGAAAUUGUUGAAGAAGCAAGCAGCGGGAAAGAAGAGAAUGAAAGCGCUUGGACGAGUUGAGGUACCUCAAGAUGCCUUCAUGGCUGUGCUUAGACUUGAGAAGGAAAGCUUGUGA